AUGAAUAAUAGAUCCAGUUUGGGGAUACCGGUGAAUAAUCAGGGAACCGCGAACAGUUUAUAUGGAGCCGUUAAGAGACCGCCUAGUAACUCUGUCAAUGUUGGUCCAGCAUCUGGAAAUGUAAACCCUCUCAGCACUAUACAACAACAGCAAGCUACAAUGGCUGCACAGGCGGCGGCGAAUCAACAAGUUCAACAGCGCUUGCUACUGCAGCAAAGGUUGAGACAACAACAGCAGCAGCAGCAGAAUUUUGAGCAGCAGAUCUUUCAGCUCCUGACCACGUUGAAUAGAAAACCAAAGAGGUUGUAUCAGUUUACCGAAGAUACCGAUGCUAUUCUGAAGAAAUACGAACAGUUCAAGCCAAGUUUCGAAUUCCAUAUAUACGAAAAUAAUUACAAGAUAUGUGCUCCUGCCAACACUCGACUGCAGCAGCAUCAGAGAACACCGCAAGGUACCAGCGAGGGUCUUAUUUUGAAUAAGAACAAUGAGACGUUGAAGGAAUUUCUGGAGUACGUGGCGCGAGGUAUGAUUCCAGACGCAAUAGUGGAGGUACUUCGUGAUUGUAAUAUACAGUUUUAUGAGGGUUGUUUGAUUCUUCAGGUCUAUGACCAUACCAAUACUGUUGAUGUAAAACAGCCGCAGGCAGGGCAGGGCACUUCACAGCAGCAGCAGCAAUCACAACAGGGUCCACAGCAACAGCGAAACAUCCAGCAAAAGCAGCAUUUAUCCAACCAAGGUGCUCAGGUAAGUACCAGUGUACCCGGAUCACCGCCCGUAGACCAAGCCAAGCAGCAGACGAACACAGAAUCUGAGUCUCCACAGAGCCAGGUAAAAGGAGAUAAUUCUGCAAAGGAAGCCACUACUGGAACCGCAAAGGACAGGCUGACGACUCUUAAGAGGCCAAGAAUGUAUCGUACUUUGUUAAAACCCAAUGAUUUAACACGGUAUUAUGACAUGCUAUCUUGGGCAGACCACACGCGAUUUUCUGAUUCCGUUUAUCAACAACUUGAAGCAGAAAUAUUAGCAAUCACAAAGCGUAACUUGCGAUUGGAAACCAAUUUGAAUCCAUUUGAGCAUGUGGAUAAGAUGAAUAGUGACGAAUUUCUGAAGCCGAAGUGGGAUGAGAAGACUCAGGCUUGCAUAUAUCCGCACCGUGAGUUGAGCACGGCCGCAAGUUCAAAAGGAGUGAUAGGCCAUAUCGAGCAGCAUGAAGAGUUACCAGAACAUUCCUCUGCCUAUGAACAAAUGAUGUUGAUAAUGAGUGGCAGAACUACAACUACUACCACCGCUACUCUAGCCGCAUCCUUGGCCAAAAGAGCGGAACUGCUGGGAAUUACAGGUAACUCGGCUAAAGGUAGUAGCUCCACAGGAUCAGGCGGUAGCGUUUCAGGUAGUAACUCAGUGGCAGCGGCUGCAGUGGCGGCUGCCGCCGUCGUUGGUUCAAAUGUAAACAAUGAGAACAACCAAUUCAGUAGGUUAAAGUUCGUGGAGCAGUUCCGAUUAAAUAAAGAAAAGAAGAAGCAGCAGGCGAUGAAUGCUGCGGUAUCACCGGCUGGCUAUAACCAGAGGAUUUCAAUGUCCGUACCAUUGACUGUUCAACAAAUAAAACAGCAGAAAAAUCCGAGUGGGUCCCAACAAGCUGCACAAUCAAUGGCAAGAAACAACUCAGGCAAUGCUGCGGCUCUGCCAAAUGGAAAACGAACUGCCACUGCUGAAGGAGAAGAAAAGGCAAAACCCAAAAGACAACGAAAGACAACUAAAAAGGCAAUGGGAGAAGGGGGCUCUGUCGCCAAGAAAAGGACUACUAAGAAACAGGCUAGUAACACCACUGCUGCCGUUCCAGGCGGCUCAGCUGCCAAUUGA